CGCGGGCGCCAUUUUGUAAAAUACUACACAAGAUCUACAACCAAACAUCACGCAAAGAUCGGAUUUACGUGAUGUGAUCGUCCACUUUAUAUUUCACAGAUCUAUCUUACUUCCUAAGAGACAGUUAUAGGGAACAUAUAGAAAGCCAAAAUGUUCAAACGUUGGCGCAAGAAGGAAGCGGAACCCGAGAGGCCUGCCGAGUCCUCAAACGCAAGCGAAGCAUCGGGGUUUAUCUGUCCAAUGUGUAUGGUAUCAUUUGACUCACCUGAUGCCCUCCAAAUACAUUUUGUCAUGGCUCAUGCCGAAAGCGAGACAAAACGAACUCCAGAGACUAAAGACUUUGUUUGCCCUAUGUGCAGUAAAACAUUUGGCACUUCUAACGAAUUACAGUCCCAUUUUGAUAAAGAACAUGAUACUGAUCAUGGUAUUGUUGCAUCAACUGAGGCUCCUCUUCAGGCAUCAGCUGCAGUAGACAUCACUCAGCAAAAUGAUUCAACAAAGAUAUGGAAUGAAGAACAAGGUUCCUUGAUAUCUUUUGAUGACAAUGGACCUGUAGCUCGUAAAGAAUCUGAGGUGUCAUUACUGUCAACAUCAAUAAAAGAGAUUGAAGAAAAAACGCAGGAGGUUUUGAACUUACAGCAGGAGCUGAAUGAUGUGAAUGCUUCAUUAAAGGAAGAAAAAUGGUAUUCGGCAGCUUUGAAAGAAGAAGUUGAUAAAAUUACUAAAGAGAAAAAUGAAUUCCAACAGAAGUGCAAAGAACACGAAAAGGAAAAGCAAGAACUGGAAGAAAACUUCAACAAAAAGUUGAUGGAAGAAAAAGAAAAGAAUGUGAAAUCUAUGGCAGAAUUUGCUCAGCUAAAAGUUGAAUUGGCAAAAAGUGUUGAAUCACACACAGGGACUCAGAGUGAACAAAAGGAUCUAGCAAUCAGAUCUUCACAAUUGGCAGCUGAAAAUGCUGGUCUGAAAGCAAAACUUGAUGAAGAGACUUCCAAUAAAAGUUUGUUGCAGGAUGAAUUAGGCAGGCUAAAGGAACAACUGGAGGAUAGGAAUAAAUUAAACGAAAGUUUGGAGAGCCAAUUGGCACAAAGGCCAUCAGGCUCUGAGAUUACUGCUCUACACAGUAAAAUAUCGAACCUUCAACAAGAAAUAGCUGGUUUAAAGGAGGAGAAAGAAAGUCAACAAAGGCAGUGGCAAGAAAAAUAUAAUGGAUCACUACAACAACUUAAUGAUUUGCAGAUCAAGGUGAAAGAGCUUGAGGUGGAAAAAGCUUCAAAAACUGAACAAAUUGAAAGUCUCCAGACAGCCAUCUCUGCAUCGACAGAAAGCAGGAAACAAACUCAGACACAAUCGCAAGAACAACAGCAACAAAUUAUCACUUUACAACAUGAUCUUAGCAAGUCUCAGGUCAGUCUAAAGGAGAAGGAAACAUUCAUCGAUUAUCUGCAAAAACAACAAGAGGAAAUGCAAGGCAAACUUCAAUCUGAGCUUGAUUUAAAGGACAAUGUAAGUCAGCAAGUUAGAAACCUACAAAACCAACUUGAGGAAAGUCAAAGACAACUUGGAAACAAAAACUCAAGAGUUAGUGAAUUAGAAGGAAAUUUAAGUCAAGCGAAAGAAGAUGUWCUCAGACUUCAGACAGAAAGGACUGACCUUAUUGCAAAGAUUGAAGCAGGUGAAGGAACAGAAACUGCAAUUGCACAAAUUAAACAAGAGAAGGAGCAACUUCAAGCCCGACUCAGCCAGGCAGARUCACUUGCRCAGUCUCAAGCUAAUGARUAUUUGAAAAAGAUUGAAGAAAUGCACCAACAAAACAAUAAGGUUGAGGAUGACCUGGCUAAAUCAAGUGAAAAGGUGUCAAGACUGGAAGCUUUAAAAGAAGAAACUAAACAGCAGCUUGAUGAYGCAAGACAGAAAAAUGAGCAGCUGAAUGUUUCUUUGAGAGAAAAAGUGAGUAAUAACUGUCAGCUUUCAAAAAUGGCAUAG